AUGGAGGCCAUUCCUGAGAACGAAGAGGUCAAGAUGUCCGCUCCGCAAGACUCUCAAACCGCAUCGGAGUUCAUCGACCAGCAACUGGCACUUGAGGCUGAUGCGCGAGAAGUCCUACCAUAUAAAUUUGACAAAUGCACCAAUAUCCUUGGACCCCUCCGACAGAACGUCUUCGCUUGCCUCACGUGCUCUCCUCCGCCCGCAUCAGCAGCCCAGGUGUACACACCGGCGGGAGUCUGUUAUGCUUGCUCCAUCUCCUGCCACGGCGAACACACACUGGUCGAACUCUUCUCCCGGCGUGACUUUGUCUGCGAUUGUGGUACCAACAGGCUUCCUUCGACGUCACCUUGCACCUUGCGGUCAGAUCCUGCAACUGGAAGCCGUGGUGUACAUUCGCAAGAGCCGCAUAAGGGGAACCAUUACAAUCACAAUUUCCAGAAUCGCUUCUGCGCUUGUGGAGAGGAGUAUGAUGCCAGCACGGAGAAGGGGACGAUGUAUCAGUGUUUGGGGUUGGGAACAAUUGAAACGGGCGGAUGUGGCGAAGAUUGGUACCACCCUGAGUGCCUGAUGGGUCUGCCGAGGCACUGGUAUAAGGAGCAAGAACCGGAGGAGGGGAAUGAUACUGUGGAAAAAGAGCUUGAUGAUGGAGAGAGUGAAAAGAAGGACGACGCCUCGCACCCAGUUCCCCCAGGGUUUCCGCACGAAGACGACUUCGAGGCCCUGCUAUGCUACAAAUGUGUCGAGUCGAAUCCAUGGAUCAAGAAGUACGCGGGUACGGCGGGAUUCCUGCACUCUGUCUCUAAUCAUGGAGGGUCCUUGGCCCUCUGGGCUGAACAAUGGAAAGCCAUGGGGUGUAGCACUUACGCGCAAUAUCGCGACACGAUGUUGGCCGGCUGCAAAACGUACGCUGAAUACCUCGCAAAGACAAAGCCAGCGACGGCCGAGCCUGCUCCAACAGAUCUCAAUGCCACGAGUUCCCUGAAGCGCAAAGCAUCAGACGACGACAUCGAUAUUCGAUCUUCGAGUCCGACAAAGCGCUUUAAGGACGACAAUGCCACGACAUCACACGAUGCCAAUGUCUCGUCAGGACUUGCCCAACCAUCGUCUUCCGCCAACGGCGCCUCUGUCGCAGAUCUCCCUGCGGCUACUGCACAACCCGGUGAACCCGAUUCAAAACCUCAACACAAACACGACCUCCUCCCCUCCUCUCCGCCUGCCGGCAGAUUUAGUCUCUUCCUGAAGGCCGACUUCCGCGAUCACCUCUGCCACUGCCCCUCAUGUUACCCGAACCUCAUCCCACACCCGCAACUCCUCGAAGACGAAGAAACAUACGAGCCUUCUAUCUCCUCGGACGGAUCCUCACAACAUCACCCCGAUGGCACGAACGGCGGCUCUUCCCGAGCUUCCCUACUCGAACGUGGAGAAGCAGCGCUCAGCAAUAUCGACCGUGUCCGCGCAAUCGAGGGAGUCAUGGUCUACAACCACCUCCGCGACAAAGUCAAGGAAUUCCUCAAGCCAUAUGCGGAGGAAGGGCGGGUCGUCAGCGCGGACGAUAUCAAAGCUUACUUUGAGAAACUGAGGGGUGAUUCCCAGGCGAUCAAAGAGGCGAGGGCUGAUGCGGGAGGCAGCGAUGAGGGAGAAGGAGAUAAUCGGAGAGAGCAGAGUGGGUAUUGA